AUGUCCACUGCUAAAGAUCAUCAUCCUAUUUGGCAACAGUAUACUAAAAACGAUGAUGGUUCAUUAUCAUGUUUAAAAUGUCCCAAUAAAUAUAAAAAAGUUCCAGCGGUAACAACUUUAAAAAAUCAUUAUAUUCAAAAGCAUAACGAUAUUUGGAAAAAAAUUCGUUCUAAGUCAAAAGGUGGUGGUCAUAAAAAGAAGUAUAAAAGGCAAAAGCAUAGGGACAGUUCAUUUAAACCUCCAAAAGCUUUUAAAGCGAUUAAAACCUCUGAUCAAAAUUCUGAAAUGGAAGUGGAUUCGGAAAAUCAAUGCAUAUCUGAAAGCGCAAAUUCGAAAGAGAACAUUGAUGUUCAUGUUAUCAUUGAUGAUGAAGAAACAAUUCAAUCGAAUCUGCAAAAUUUGGUGCUCGGAGACAAUGAAAUUAAUGAAAUUUCUCAGGAUGAUAAUUUAAGUAGAGAUUCCGCUAAUAAAACUGAAAUUGAUGCUACUGAUGCUGUUGCGGAUUUUAAUGAUGCGGGAAAGUUAAAGAGAUUACAAGGGAAAUUUAAAAUGUCUUAUUAA